AUGACCAUGGCAACAGAUUCUUCGACGCCGAAUUCGGACUUCCAGUUCCCGCCGCUCUACAACUUCCCGCCCUUCUUCACCCUCCAACCCGUCCUCGCAACGCGCAAAUCCCAGCUCCAAUCAUGGUCAUCCCUCAUCCAAUCGUACUGCCGACACCACCGGCUCUGGACACUUACGCUCGUCGACGCACUCGAGACUCCCCUCUUCAACAACACAAAACUAUCGCGCCGCCUCUCCCUCCGCGACGCCCGCGCAAUAAUAGACUGGAUGACGACCCCAGAAGGCGACUCGCGCGCCGAAUGGAUCCCCACCACCGGCAAGAAGCCCUCCCGAUCCGACGAAUACAGCGAAGCAGGCAAAUGCUGGAUAUACUGGAAGCGGCCGGAGGAGUGGGCGAGCGCGUUGGAAGAGUGGGUGGAUCGGACCGGGCAGAAGGGCACGGUGUUGACGCUGUACGAGAUUACGGAGGGCGAUGCUACGAGGAGGGAGGAAUUUUGGGGGAUGGAUUCGACGCUUCUGGCGAAGAGUUUGGCUGUCUGCGUUAAGAGGGGGAAGGCGCAGGUUUUUGGGGCUGAAGGAAGUGAGGGAGUCAAGUUCUUCUAG